GAGUAUAUCAUUAACUUUUUGUUUGUUUUGUCUUUUUCCUCAUUUCUACAUCAAACGGAUUCACUCAUUUACAUUCGAUCCCAUCGUUUCGCCCCUUCUCCCUUCACGUAUUUAAGGGUGCAGACGAUACGGUUUCCAGAAUUUUCGUAAACUCAAGCACAAACUUCUGGCAGCGUCUCCGCCUUUUUUUCAUCGUUUGCAGAGGAUAAAUGGGGUAUAAAGGUAAAACUGAUCCAGGAGAUGUUCCAAGCUAUGGUGCAAUAUUUAUGUCAAAUGCUGGAACAAAGAAAGAGUGUUUUCAACGUAAGUUGCUUGGGCUACCUUUAGCUCAAUCUAAUUUUGUGUUGAAUGUGAAAAAAGGAAUGAUUCUGUUUCUUUUUGAGUUUGAGAGGAGGCAACUUCAUGGUGUAUUUCGUGCUACUUCUAAUGGUGAAAUUGACAUUGAACCUAAUGCUUUCAAAUCAUCAGGAAAAAGCUUUCCUGCUCAGGUUCGUUUUGCCCCUGUCUGGAAAUGCAAUCCUCUUUCUGAACAUGAGUUCAAAGUUGCUAUUAAAGAAAAUUACUUCUCAUGGAAGAAGUUCAAUUUUGGGUUAUCAAAAGAUCAGGUAUAUAAACUUGUAACUCUAUUCCACUCCAAAAGAAUCCCUAAAAAGCCCUCAGAGGGAGAUGCUAGAAGAUUUGGUGAUUAUAGGAAUACCAUUAGAGAUAGGGUUAGAGAAGAUGAAGUUAAAGAAAUAGAUGAUCAGGGCUAUAAGUAUAAUAGGAUACAAGAUGAAUAUAAUGUUAUAAAUAGUUUUGAUCGAGGGUAUUUUGGUCAUAAUGAAAGAGUGGAAAGAGAAGAAAGAACAUUGACUGAACAACACCCGCAGUAUGAACCAAGAGGGACAGAUUAUGAUGAAGAUUUUGGUUUUGGGGAUGUUAAUGUUACUUCUUUAUCUCACAUUAACCAAAAUAAUUCCGAUUUUAUCCCUAUUCCUCAAGUAUCAUCAGAGCAAUUUCAACACCCUUUUAACAUUGGAAACACAUAUGCAUCUUGUCUUCCUUAUUUGACAUCUGGUGAUCCUUCAGUGAUUACAUUACAUACCCCUUAUAACCCUGAAGUUCCUGAUUUUUGUCACAGACCUUAUUAUGAUCCUGAAGUCCCUGAAUUUUGCCAUAAACCUUCCUAUUUUACCCCUGGGAAUCCUGUUGAUAUUGAUAACCCUCCUCCAUUUUAUCCAGAUUUUAAAAGUGAAACAGUUCCUUAUCAAUAUCACGAGUCAGAAAAGAAAGGUUCAGAUGUUGGAUUUUUGAGAAGCCAAAAAAAGAUGCGUAAAGUUAGUGUUUUUGAUCGAUUAACUAAAGCUCCAGAAGUAGUUUUUAAUGAAGAAGAACAUGAAAGAGAUGAAAAAGAUGAUGAGCUGGAUGCAUCGGUUAACAAAGUGAUGAAAAUGUUGGAGAAGAUUGUGAGUAGCCCAAUAAAGAGAAGUGGAAAAAGACAAUCGAGUUUCAAACAUGAUCAUGAUGAUGAUGAUGAUGAUAAGAUAAGACCCAAAAAGAUUGUAGAUUAUGAUCUUCUUCCAAAUACAAAAAAAUCUAUACAAUUUGAAGAAGGUGAUGAUGAAUCAGUUUUUGAAGAAACAAGAGUUGUGGAUUUUAAACGUCGCAAGAAAAUAAACAAAAAUCUUGAUGAUGAAUCCAAAAAAUCUUGUAGCAAACGUAAGAAGUUGGUUAGGCCAGUUUUUGUUGAAAAAGAGUCAUCAAACACAAAUACACCUUUGAAAGAUGAUUGCUGUUUAAGAAAAAUAGUAGGUGAAAAAAGAAAAAAAACAGUUGAAAGGUCGGCGAAAGAAAAUGGGAAUGAUGAAAAAUGUGAAGUGUUGGAAGGGAAAGUUGGUGUUGAUGACAUGGCAGGAGGUGAUUCGUUGAAAGAUGAGAAGGAGUGUGGUUGGAUUGAGGGUUGAUAUGCAUGUAGACACUUGUCAUUUGAGCAGAAGAAAAAAAAAGUUAACACAUUUUUGGGUGUCUGAUGCUGAUUUCAUUUUUGUAUAGUUGUAAGUAUUUGGUGAUGUCUUGUUGUGGAUGAGUUGGUGGUAGGUUGUGUUGUGUCUCAUGUUUACAUGAUUAUUGGUAUUUGGUUUUAGUUGUGGAUGAGUUAGAACUUGUUUUUAGGGACAAAGUAAAGUAUGUUGAAAUUUUAUUAUUUUGGGUUUGGAUUCAGUAAAGUCCAAGCUAAAUCAGGAAAAUUCGUGUUAUAUUUUUCUA